UUGCGCACUCAAAUUCAGGAGGACACAGAUUGGUGGAUUGACUGCGUUUUGCAAGUGUCUGCUCACUUGGCCGCAUUGUCUCAGUGCAUAUCUCAUAUACCCAAGUGUUGCAUGAGUCGGGAAAAACUUUUGUCUUGAUCAAAUUACAAUAGAACCGAUACACUUUCUUUCGAUUUAUCAUUCGGGUCAGUCGACGUGCGUCUACCAGUUCUGACAUGUUCACUCUAAACCACGAAGACCCCUUCGUGACGCCAAAGAAAAUACCUCCUGGGUGAUCAUCUUCAAAAUCUUCCUUCAUCAUGGGGUCAAGUAAGCUUGGUGACAUUUUGCACAAGUGGCCCUACAGGAAAAACAAUGACCGUAAUCUAAUCAUUGUACGAACUAGAAAGAGUUUGGUGGUGAAUUAGGUAACUACCUUGUUUGUAUGAUCAACUAUAACUCAAUAACUCACUUAUUUUACAUAAACUUGGAACAAGUCUGCCUAUCUUUAUCGCAAUGGUUUAUGGGUAAUCCGGGGGUGCAGCCAGCCAUCCAACUCGAUCGAAACGGCGAUGCGGAAAAAGUGGACGUUAAAGGUAAACAGGAAUACUAGCGAGAAUCGAUAGAAUGGACCUCAACCGGUAAUUUUUCUACAUCGAUGUCCGUGGACACCGAGGAUGUUAAUAUCGAGGCUAGCUAAUGCUAAUUGUUGAACAGCCACAUAGGCUACGAGUCAAACAACAAUCAGCCGGUUCAGUCUAUUCAAUUUCAGCAGUGCAAUGAGUCUGAACGAACAUUCAUUACAAGCACUGUCGUGGAGGAAGCUUUACUUGAGUCGAGCAAAACUGAAGGCUUCCAGUCGAACGUCUGCUCUACUGUCUGGGUUCGCUAUGGUAGCAAUGGUGGAGGUUCAGUUGGACACAAGCUACCCAUACCCACCUGGUCUCCUCAUUGCCUUCAGUGCCUGCACCACAGUGUUGGUGGCUGUUCACCUCUUUGCCCUGAUGGUUAGUACCUGCAUCCUGCCUAACAUCGAGGCAGUCAGUAAUGUUCACAACCUCAACUCGGUGAAGGAGUCUCCACAUGAGAGAAUGCACCACCACAUAGAGCUGGCCUGGGCCUUCUCGACAGUCAUUGGCACCCUGCUCUUCCUGGCUGAGGUGGUGCUCCUCUGCUGGGUCAAAUUUUUACCCAUUAGGCCUAAGAACCACAACAAUGGGACCAUAUCUGCAGGUGUGGCUGCUGCCAUCACCUCCACCUCCAUCAUGGUGCCUUUUGGCCUGAUAUUUAUAGUCUUUGCUGUACAUUUCUACCGUUCCCUUGUCAGCCACAAGACAGACAGGCAGUUCCAGGAGCUGGAGGAGUUAUCCAACCUGACCAGGCUGCAGAAUGAGCUGGACGGUAGAGGGGAGUCCCACUUGCAAUCCCCCAGCUCUCAUUUCCCAUAAAGACUGACCUCUCGUUGAUAAUGUCUAUUUCAAGCCAAUCCUUUGUUGCCAAUAGUUAUACAUUUCUAUUAAAACGCUACAUAAUCUGCUCAUAAUUUCAAAACAUUUGAGAUGUUACUCACCGUUUCCAAAUGUUCACAUUUCUAGAGAUUUAAAAAAAAUUUUUUUUCAAAUAAUGAUUCCAGACAGUGUUACUUUUAACUGUGAAACUAUACCAGUUAACACAGUCUUAAAGAUGCACUCUAACCAAUCACAGCGCUCCAAUGGAUAGCACCUGUCAGCAAUUCCAACACCACGGAUAAACUCAUAUUUGAAACACAUGAAAGCCAUUACAAAAACAGAAUUUCUAUCUCAAAACAAAUCGUUUUAAAUGGCUUUACAAUUGAAAAGUGCGCAGGUACUUGCUACUGUGAUUCCUGAAAUGCAGAGCCUCUAAGUAUUUUUCUAAUUCAAAAUUAUACUUUAGUUACAUUGUUUGCUAACUCAGCUGCUUAACUAGCUCUGUCUUAUUGACCACCCAAUAUUGCAGUUAAUGACAUCAGGAUACGAUUUAAGAGCACUAGUUAGCUCCAAAAGUGGUUAGUAACUUUGGCUGCAUGCUGACGGUGCAUUUAGAGCCACACUAGCCACACUACAACCUUCAUUUUACCAGGUUCCCAUGAAGCAAUUGCAAUGACAGUCAACCACAACAUACCCAAGAGUCUCCUGACUUGCACGGGGUAGUCUGUGUUUAAUUUCAUUGUGUAUUAAAAACACAGCUUGUCAUUGUGAGGGGAUUACGCCAGUGGUUCGAAGGGGGAAUUAGGCUUCCUGGGAAACCGUGGUCCAAGGUUUCAACAGUAACCAAGGGGGCCGGGGGCUUAGCAAAGGGCCAUUUGGAUUCGUAACAUACCACACAAAUUACUAAAUCUUAUGAAAUCAUACAAAUUGCUAUAUUUGUAACAUAUCACACAAAAUGGAUGACAUAGCACACAAUUGGAUGAAGUCGUACACAAAAAAUGGGUAGCACUUUUGUCUCGUGACCAGCACUUUCAAAACUACUAACUGAAGUUAUACAAAUGUUUGAGAAUGCAUCUUUCACUGGCACUUGGAGCAUUUAGGCCAUUUUUUUUUAACCUUACAGGUAAUGGUAGGAGGGGGCUAAAGAGGCCUCUCAUUAAAAGGAUAGUUCACCCAAAAUACAAAAUGACGCUGUUUUCCUUACCCUCUAAGCAGCCCAAUGACAAGGUAUGAAAGCAAUCUAUGCUUUGGUGUCCCUGGCACUGUUUCCACAUGUUAACGUUUUAGCAUUUGUGGCACAAAUCACAUUGAUGAGUCGAUAUUAGCAAUUUUCCCGCAUUGUGUCCAAAUCAUAAGAAAGUAUCUCAAAUGGGUAGUAAAGCUCAAGUCACUUAGAAGUUUUGAACAUGAUGUGCAAAAAAUGACUUGAAUGGGAUUUGUGCCUCAAAUGCUAAAACAUUAGCUUGUGGAAACAGUCCCAGGGAAAUUAAACCAAAGACUGGAUUGCUGUCAUACAUUGUCCAUACUGCUUAAAGGGUAAGGAAACCAAUAUGUCAUUCUGUAAUUUGGGUAAACUAUCCCUUUAACUACUAUAUUGUGACACGGUGGCUUGCCUCAUUGUAUUCUAUGAGCACCAAUGAAUGGGCACGUACCUCUGCCCAGGCGUUGCUGAUGCAUGGCAGAUCUUACAAUGCCUGGAUGGGUAUUUUAAGUACCAGCUAACCACAUAUGUUAUAACAAUCUGGUGUCCGAAGGCGCAGUCGACGAUGUGGCACUCAACCAUUGGUUUGAUGCAUGCAACUUCUGACCAGCGGAACGCAACCAUUGUCUUACUUCUGUCAGUUCCGUAUUCAACCUAAGGUUCAGGUUUCAAUUCAUGUUUGAGAGAUUAAAUGUAAUCAGCCUGCUUAAGUUAUUUUUAGUCUAAUCGGUUGGCCAGAUGUUGCUGCAUAAACUCUACAAAGUGUUUUCAUUGUUGUAACCUGUGGUAUUGAAAUAGCAUUUUGUACCAUGAUUAUUUGGUCGGAAAAUAUGAAUUUGUGACUAGAAAAGCGUCAAGUUAUUUUCACUGCUGCUUAAACAGUGAAUACAGAGUAACUGCACAUAUUCUUUCUAAAAACAAUUGGCUUUGUAAAAGUGUUAUAUGUUGCUUUCAUUUUCUGUUCAAAGUGCACCCUUUGUGACUUGUUUGUACACUGAGUGGGUUGGUCUUGGCAAAUGUAACGGUUUACUUUUUGUUUUGCUUCUAGGAAUGUGUUUGUAAUACCUCGAGUUGCCACUGGGGAAUGAUAUCCAGAUGGCACCAUAAUCUCAUUACAAGUCAAAUCAUGUUCAGUGGUCCCGUUUCAUAGAAGUAAAAUUACUCAAAUCUU